UAAACCGGUAAACAGUUUUUAGUGAAUUUCAGGACAAUAUUACCAUCCAAAUGGAACAAGGAGACGGACCACACAUUAGAAAUAACGUGAUAUUAGACCUUUAUAUCAACAGAAUUGUGCCACUAGCUGAUCAAGACAUUCAGAUUAUUGCUGUGUUACAAAACAUGACCGCAGGAACUGAACUGGAAAUAAGAGUGCAUUAUUUUGACAUCAAUCAUAUCAAUAACGAAAACAGUGAAGAUCAUAAUGAUGGCGGCACACACCUCCCUUUAGAACCCCCACAUGAAGAGGAUAUAGUUCCUGAUGCUGGUGUUGAAUACCAGGAACCCAGGAGAAGUUCAAGAGAGGGGGAUGAACAGGAGAACAGUGACGCCGAAGACGACACCAGUGACGACACAGAUGACGACACAGAUGACGACACAGAUGACGAAGAUGACACUAAUGAUGAAGACGACGCCGAUGAUGAAGACGAUGGCGACGACGACAACAGUGACGAAGACAAUGACGACCAUGAUGUCGACAAUGUUGACAAUGACGAAGAUGACAACGAUGACGAUGACAACGAUGACGAUGACAACACCAAUUCCAACUAUAACAACAGCUGUUACGACGGAUACGACAGUGACCUCAGUGACUGCAGUGACAUCGGUGACAGCGUCAAUACUGAUGCUGGGGUUCCCGACGAGGAGGAGACCCUGCCUUGA